UCAAUUGUCAAUGUCAAAUUCAUAUGUACUAUUAUGUACGCGUAUCGUUGUGUGUUUUGUUUAUUUCGCUAUUUUAAUUAAAAAGUAAACCUCCUAAGAGACGUUUGAAUGAAAAAAUGGACGAGAACAAAAAAACUGAUCGUAAGACUAAAAGAUUUGCCGCUCGGUUGAAAAGUUCUAAAGGAAUAACCUGUACCGAUGUGCCUGGACCGAAUAUAGUUAUAUGCAAUGCUGGUCAAGCAACUGGUUUGGAGAAAGAAGCUGUAAAUCUAUUAGUUAAAGAGUGUGGACUGAGUAAACAUAAGUUUAUAGCUGAGAAAGGGGAAACUUAUUCCUUUCUGGUUUUCGCAACGACUGUUGAUGCUCAAUUGUUUUAUGACAAAAAUAAUGGUAAAGCUAAAGCUGACGAAAAUGGAACCCCACUCUAUAUGAAUUAUGUAGAAAAAGUGCCCAAUACAGAAAUAAUAUGUCCACAUGAAAAUCCUAAAGGAUUGUCUUUACUGAACAAUUUUAUCAGUAAAGAUGAAGAAAAACUAUUCAUAAAAUUAUUUGAUUGGAACUCUGAGUCUAAUUUGAAAAACCGUCAAGUAAGACAUUAUGGGUAUGAGUUUAGGUAUGGUAGUAAUGAUGUGGAUUUAAAUAAUCCUUUGAUUGAGAAAAUACCUGAAGAAUGUGAUGUAUUGUGGGAGAGAUUGAAGGAACAAGGAUUUGACUUAGGUGUACCGGAUCAGCUGACGGUUAAUAAAUACAGUCCUGGACAAGGAAUACCAUCUCAUGUGGACAAACACAGUCCAUUUGGAGACACAAUCCUGUCUCUCUCUCUUGGUUCAGGUGUAGUAAUGGAUUGGAAGCAUCACAGUGGAAAAUAUGUGCCGACUCUAGUUCAGGCAAGAUCUCUACUUGUUAUGCAAGAUGAGGCCAGAUAUGACUGGCAGCAUGGCAUACAACCCCGAACGUGGGAUCCCGUCAUCGAAAAUCGCGUAGAAAACGGACAGAACAUCAAAGUAAUUACUAGUGACACUGUACAAAGGAAUACGAGAAUUUCUCUUACCUUCCGUUGGACUAGGAACGGUCCAUGUGAGUGUAGGUACAUGACUCUUUGUGAUAGUGCAGAGAAGGUGUCUCCAGAUAACUUGAAAGAUGACCUGGCUUCGAAUUUGGAAGAUUUGCAUGUGCAUCAGGUUUACGAACAAAUAGCGGGUCACUUCAGUACGACGCGGCACAAGCCGUGGCCGAAAGUAGUUCAGUUCAUGGAAGAUGUUCCUACGGGCAGUGUAGUCAUGGAUCUAGGUUGUGGUAACGGCAAGAAUAUACUGAGGCGAGAUGAUAUUAUGCAGAUUGCCGGUGAGCGCAGUUCAGGCUUGCUAUCAGAAUGCAAGGAGCAUUUACGUGAUAUCCAUAAAGCUGAUUGCGUACGUUUGGAUCUAUUGAACCCUAUGCUGAGGGAAGGCACAGCUGAUAUUGUUAUCUGUAUUGCUGUUAUUCAUCAUUUUAGCAGCAAGGCUAGAAGACUCCAAGCUAUAUCAACAAUACACCGUCUUCUGCGCAAAGAUGGCCGCGCCCUAAUCACUGUUUGGGCUAAAGACCAAACUAAGUCUAACUACCUCUGCAAAAACAAACAAGAACAACUUGAUAAUAAUAUGGCCGAAACGCAAGUAACGGUAGGAGGAGUGAACCUCCCAGUACAUGAAAACAGAACACAAUUCAAACAUCAAGACUUAUUAGUGCCUUGGAAACUAAGAAAAGUCACUGAAAAUAAACUAGAAAAUACACCAGCGAACACCUUACUGAGAUAUUACCAUGUCUUCGAAGAAAAUGAACUAGAUGAACUAUGCAAAGAGGCCGAUUUCACAAUCGAAAAAAGUUUUUAUGAAGAGGGUAACUGGUGUGUUGUAUGUAAGAAAAAAUAAAUUUACUGAGGUAACACUUUGUA